AUGGGUUGUCCCAAGCUACGAAAUCUCUUUCGAAAGAGGCGCUCCAAACAACAGCCUCGGGAACAAACCACAAACUCAUCGUAUAAUCCAUCAAAAACACCGCCGAAUGCUUUUUCUGGUACCUCUUCGACCCUAGAGCAAGUAGCUCAACCGAAACCUAAAUCAGAUGCCUUGCCUGCACAGGAUGGUCAGGUUGUAUUAAGCUCUGAUGCUACUCUGCCUCACAGAAAUCUGAAGAUCGAGAGACGCAAUCUCUGGCAAGAGGCAUACAAUACGUUGGAUGAGAAGCAGCGCCAGAAUAUAAAGCCAUUGAAAGAAAAUGAUCAGAACGGCGACAAUCACGAUGACGAUGCAACCCCUGUACGCAAAACACUAGAUGAUGUGAUUGAAACCGUCAAAGCACAAUACGAAAUAAGAAUGUCGAGAGGAGGGGACUCACGACUUCGGGAUGCUGCAAGCAAAAUCUUGACAGCCACAUUGAGCUGCAAGGAUAUUAUCAGUGCAAUCGUGGCAUUCGACCCCACUGCCCACGCGUCAAGUGCCUGGACAGUCGUCUCCCUGGGAUUGACGAUGACACAAAAUUAUCGUGAUCAACAAAUGGCUUGGUUUCAGUCAUCUGCCAUCUUGACUGACAUCCUAGCUCGGUAUGCCGUUAUAGAGAAGCUUUACCGCGACGAGAGCUCCGAGUUGAAUGACAAAAUUGAGGAUGCCAUCUUGAGGGUCUAUAUCGCUGUUCUGAAAUAUACGGCAGAGGCAAUGAUCAUCUAUCGCUCAAAUACAGGAAAGAGACUGAUGCGUAGUGUGGUGGCCCUGGCAAACCUGCCCCUGACAGAAAUUCAGUCCUCGAUCGACACGGAAGAAACUCAUCUGAGAAAGUGGUUACAAAUCUAUCAAGAAAAGCAGCGCAAACAGGAGGCCAAUAAUAUACUUAUUGGAGUUGACAGACUUCUCGACGAUAUCCGUGGUAUUGCCCAGAAUAUCAAUCUCAACAAGCUGCCGAUAGCUGAAGGUGCUCACUUCAAUUCGCACAUGGAUGAGGAUCAGGUUGAAUGCCUGAAGAAUACCCGAGUUGAGCUUCUUGAUGAUAUCACGGACUGGGUAGAUGAACCCGAGGGAAAGACCAUAUUUUGGUUGAGGGGUGUAGCUGGAACUGGAAAAUCAACAAUUUCCCGGACAGUGGCGCGGAAGCUGCAGGAGAGAGAGCUGCUAGGAGCAAGCUUCUUUUUCAAAAGGGGUGAAGGUGAUCGCGGGAAAGCUUCGCGAUUCAUCACCACUAUCGUUAAGCAAUUAAUGAUUGCUCUUCCCCAGUUGAGGAAAGAGAUUGCGGCAGCCAUGGAGGAUGACUUAAUAGUUUCCACAUCACUGAAAGAACAAUUUGACCAAUUGUUGUUGAAGCCACUUUUGAGCAUGAAAUUGAGCAAUGGACAGCGCCUACCGCUCGUCGUUGUAGUCGAUGCCCUGGAUGAGUGUGAAGAGCGAAGCAUUGAGACGAUCAUUCGACUUCUUCCUCGGGUGCAAGAAUCGAAAACGAUACAAUUGAAGGUCUUCAUCACCAGCCGACCCGAGCACCCAAUCUUUGAGGGCUUUGAGCAGAUAGAAGGUGAACACAAAGAUGUCGUUCUCCAUGAAAUUGAACGUCGUACAAUCAAGCACGAUAUGGCUCUAUUCUUUGCGGACCGUUUAUCGAAAAUCCGAAAGAAUAAGAAUCUUGAAGAUCUAUGGCCUGGAGAAACCAAGACACAAGCUCUGAUUGACAUGGCAAUGCCGCUAUUCAUCUUCGCUGAAACUAUCUGCCGCUUAUUAGGGGACUACCGAUGGGAUCCAGACGACAGCUUGAACGACAUAUUGAAGCGUCAAUACAACAACUCUAAUCUGGAUAAGACUUACUUGCCUGUUUUAGACAAACUCCUCGAAGGACAGGAUCGACGAGCUCAGAAUGAAUUGGUUAAGCAAUUCCGACAGGUGGUUGGGACAAUUGUUGCUCUCGAAAGUCCACUUUCUAUUGCUUCGCUUUCAAAGCUGAUCAAUAUGGAAGAGAGCCCAAUCCGCCGCAGACUAGGCUCACUUCAUUCAGUGCUGAACAUUCCAGAGGACAACGACAAACCAGUCAGAAUGUUCCAUCUUUCUUUCCGUGAAUUCCUACUUCAUCCAGAGACAAAAGAGAAAACAAAAUUUUCAGUGGACGGGCAGUCAACACAUCGCGAUUUGGCUCAUAGGUGCAUUGCAGUCAUGAUGGAUCCCCAACAUGGACUUCGACAGGACAUCUGUGACCUGCGCAGACAUGGAACCUCUAGAGAUGAUAUUACCACGGAGCAAGUUGAAAGGUGUUUCCCAGCAGAACUGCGCUACGCUAUCCGAUAUUGGGUCCAUCAUCUUACCCAAGGAGCGUUGAAUAUUUCUGAUCAGGACGAAGUGCUUAACUUUCUCGAGACCCACUUCCCUCACUGGCUGGAAGCAAUGAGUAUCUUAGGGCAUUUGCCAGAAACAAUAGGCAGUGUGAAUAUGUUACUCUCGAUUGUACAGACGUCACAUUCAGAUCGAAUAUUCAAAUUUCUGUACGAUGCAAAACGAUUCAUUUUGAAGAAUAUGCAGAUCGCCAAAGAAUUUCCGCUGCAGCUGUAUUCCUCCACAUUGCUGUUCGCGCCAGAAAAAAGUACGAUCAGGAACACGUUUUUCCACUAUGUGUCACCAUAUUUCUCUCAACUACCCAGAGUGCCUGAGGACUGGGGUGCUGAAUUACAAAUACUCGAGGUUGGAGAUGGACAUGUACGUGUCUUGGAGUUUUCUCCUGAUGGACAGAUGCUCCUCACACAGACACAGAAUGAUAGUUUGAAGCUGUGGGAAACCAGCACUGGUGACUUGCUAAAUACGCUUGAGAGAACUAGUUACUACCCCGUAAACUGCGCAUUUUCACCAGAUGGAAAGUUAGUGGCUCGGACAACCCCGGACAGCAACACAAUACUAUUGUGGGACUCUUUUUCCGGCACUUUGAGACAUACCUUGAAAGGAGAACAUGGUAUUAUUGCGAUGGUGUUCUUAUCAAAUGAGCAGUUGGUCUCGGCAUCCUUCGACCGAAACUUGACAACAUGGAGCACCAUAUCCGGAGAGCUACAGGAAAUUGUACGCUUGGAGUAUGAAGAAGAAGAGGAGUCCUUCUCUGAAUGUCUUCGGGCCGAAUUCUCGCGCGACGGUGAUUUACUGGCCUGCGUCCUAUUGAAUGGCAGAAUAGAGCUCUGGGAUACAGUCAAGGCCGAAUUACGACAUGCACUUAAGAGCCCUGAAAUAAUCAGUUCAUUAGCAUUCUCACCGGAUGGACAACUCCUAGCCUCAGGGUCAGUGGGUGGCAUGUUGGAAUUUUGGGAUACCUGUAAAGGAUCCCUGCAUCAUACCCUGCGCUGCCAUGCUGAUUGGUGCCGGAUCUGUUCUGUGGAAUUCUCUUAUGAUGGGCGAUCGCUGGCUAUAGGUUGUGGGCAAGGGCUUACCAUCUGGGACAUAUGCCAUAGCCUCAUAUUAUCCACCUUUGCUAGCCACACAACGGUCAUUGAGCUAGUCAGGUUCUCACCAGACAACAAGCUUGUGGCUUCCACAACUGGUGAUCAGGUGACUCUCUGGGAUACCACUCGUCGUGGAGUCCAGCAUGCUUCACAAGGACAUACAGGGCCUGUAAUAAGAGUACAACCUUCGCCAACUGGAGCAUUCCUGGCUAGUAGCGCCCAGGAUGGAACGGUGAGGCUCUGGGACGUUUCCACGGGCACAAUGCGACGCGUACUACAAUGUCACACAGAUACACGCGCUUUGGAGGUCUGUAUAUCCCCAAAGGGCCGCCUUUUAGCUGCGUCCUCAAGCACCGGACUCAUUAAGAUAUGGGAAGUAUCGAAUGGGACCUUGCAGCAUGAAUUUUCGUCAAACUGCUCUGUUAUCACGAACUGCAUGUUGUUCUCACCGGAUGAAAGCUUAUUUUUGGCUACUUGGGGUUACAGAAUGUGCUUAUGGGAUGCAGUUACGGGCACAUGCAAGUGGGCUGUGGAUCAGGAUUUCCCGAGAAUUCAUUCAACCAUGAGAUAUGCUCCUAAAGUAGCUUUCUCACCAUCUGGGAAUUCCCUGGCCAUCGGUCAUAUGUCUGAAAAGACGGUGAGACUGUUGAACAUGGGGACAGGCAUGGAGGAACAUAUCUUUACCGACUGCUCUACCGAUCAAUUACAAUUCUCACCUGAUGGCAAGCUGUUGGCGGUGGGAUCUGUUAGCACCGGAGUUAAAGUGUGGAAUGUUUCCGACGGCAGCUUGCGGCAGACCUUGGAAGAGGACGAGCCAUCAUGGUUUAAGGAAGCCAAGAAGAGGGACGUCGGAUAUUCGUGGCUUUUCGACAGCGACAUGAAUGAAUACAGAAUUCAUCCAAAGGCCCAAGGCAACAUUAUAUCGGUGACUGAUGAUUGGAUAGGCAUCGGAAAAGAUAGGCUCUUAUGGAUUCCACCUGAAUAUCGGGGAUAUUGGGACGCAAAAGCAGUUAUUGGGAAUACGGUUGUUUUGGGACUGUUGACAGGUGAUGUAAUUUUUAUAGGCAUUUGCCCCGAGAAGGUUAGGGAGGCUUGGAGCUAA